AUGCACCGCCUCCGCCUCUGCUGGCGUAACGGCGUCGCCUCGCGGCUGGGCCGAACGUUUUGCAUCCCAGCCAGCACGGCCGCACCGGCCACGCCUUUGCCCGCCGCCGCUGGCGUGCCAGCUUCCGCCUCUGCCGCUGCGUCCGCCCGUGUCCGCGAGCUGCGCAGCUUCUGGGCGGAGCUCGGGCUUCCGCAUGGGCCGAGCCUGCGCCUCGCGCGCCUCGCGGCCUCCGAGGGCACCGCAUGGAGCCGCCCGGACGUGCUGCGAUCGAGGCUGGCUGCGCUCCGCGCGGAGCUGCCCUCGCUGCCGCUGCCGCUGCUGCUGAGCGACGCGCCAGGCCUGCUGCUCUACCGGCCACGCAGGCUGCGCGAGAAGCUCGAUGCCCUCCGCGGCCUGCUGCCCGCCGCCGACCUGCUCCGACUCGUCCGGCGGGCCCCCGACAUGCUCUCGCGAGACAUGGCCAAGCUGGAGGACCGACUAGCGGCACUGGGCGGGCUCGAAGGAGCCGACGCGCCGACGCUGGCGGCGGAGCACCCGAGACUGCUGCGCGAGGACGCGGCGAUGCUCAGCGGAGCGGGCGGCCGUGCUGCGAUGCUCCGCGAGCGGGUGGCCGUGCUGCGGCGCGCCUUCUCGCCGACGCUGCUGCGGCGAGUGCCUCGCGACAGGCGCCGGCUCGAGUACCUCUCGGCAGUCUACCCCGGCGUGCGGGGCCACGUCGGCGACUUGCGACUCGUCCGCAUGAAGACGCACCUCUUCCGCAAGGCCUACCGCCCGCGCCGCCUCACCCCCGCCAAGCGAAACGCCCUCCGCCGCACCACUGCGCUCGGCCCUGUCCGGCCGGCGGCGGAGGUUCCCGCGGGCGCCAACGCCUUCAGAGAGGGGGAGCGACAGCUCGCGCGCUGGCGGGCAGACCUCGCGCGCGAGAUUGAGAGCGAGAGGCGGGCGCCAAGAGGCAUCCUCGGUGCUCACAGCGUCGGGCGCAACCACCCUGUCCGGCGGCUCGCCGUGGAGCGCAACUGGUGGAGCUUCAGCGUCAACCCGACGCCCAUGGGCAAGCAGUUCAUUGUCCAGCCCCAGUCCCAGUGGGAGAGGGACAGGGAGCGGCAGCAGGCCAAGGAGGGCAGUACCCCACCGCAGCCUGCACACCCGCAGCACCAACAGGUGCAGCAACCCCAGCCCAACGAGUCGCCCGAGGGGUGGACCAGGGUUGGGAAGGGCGGCAUGCCGGACAGGUUCACCAUGAGGAACCCUGGCCGCAAGCCGCCGGGCAAGGCGGUCAAGCGCAAGCCUGACCGCCAGCCCGCACCCAAGGGAGGUGGACCCCCACCCCCCUCUCCCAAGGUGAACAAGAACAGGCUGAGCGCGCUGGGCGCUGGCCCUUCUGGCACCAGCGGGAGCCACGAGCGCGCACCACCGCGCUCCCCCUCCCCCUCCUCGCCGCCUGCCAAAUCACCGCGGCCGUCUGCGCCUGCUUCCGAGUAUGACUCCGAGUUCGACUUUUCCGACGCUGAGGCGCAGGAUAGGACGGCAGGGGUCGUACACGACGCAGUUCAGCAGGCUGUGAUGCAAUACGGCUAUGACGACGAGCUCUUCCAGGCGUGGAGGGACGGCGAGAUACGGCGAAAGGACUUGCCGGAGGAGGUGGUGGCUAUGGCUUUGGACCUUUGCGAGAGGUGGCGAGCGGAGCAAGAGCGGUGUAGGCGCGUCCACGCGGCGCAGCGGCUCUCCCGCGACCCCGGCCCCUCUCGUAGCCGCAGCCGUAGCCGCAGCCCCAACUCUUGCCGCUCUUCCGUGUCGGGUUGUGACGAGGGGUGA